AUGGCCUUCAUCAAAAAGAUUGACCGCGCCCGUCAGUGGGCCGGCGAGAAGAUGGGCGCCGACAAGACGGCCCAGUCGGACGAGUUUCAGAGGCUCGAGGCCGAGAUGACCUCGCGCCAGGCCGGAACCGAGAGCCUCCAAAGGUCGGCCGCCGUCUACGUCAAAUGGGCCUCCCGCCAGUGCGAGGCGCAGGAGGACAAGAGCCGCAACGCCCCCUGCGCCCUUCUCGGCCGGUCCAUGACGUCGCACGCCAGCGACUUCGACGCCGGCUCGACCUCGACCUUUUCCGACUGCCUCGCCCACGCCGGACGCGCCAACGAGCGUGUCGCCGAGCUGCACGCCAGCUACGUCGACCAGGUCACCUCGGGCUGGCUCGAUCACCUCGACCGGGCGGUGGCCAUGAUGAAGGAGUACCAGGGGGCCCGCAAGAAGCUCGAGGGCCGGCGUCUCGCCUACGACACCAGCAUGGCGAGGAUGCAAAAGGCGAAGCGCGACGAUUUCCGCGUCGAGGAGGAGAUGCGCGUGUGCAAGACCAAGUUUGACGACUCGACCGAGGACGUCCUCCGACGGAUGCAGGACAUCAAGGACGCCGAGGUCGACAACGUCGCCGCCCUCCAAUCCCUUCUCGACUUCGAGCUGGCCUACCACGAGCGCGCCGCCGAGGAGCUGCGGAGCGCCCGCCGGCUCGUCUCCGGCGCGAGCGCGUCCAUGCCCCCGCCGCAGGAUGACCUGCACGUCUCCCGCACCCGCUCCGGCACCGGCCGCUCGUCGCACUCGACGAACCAGCCGGCGGCCGCAGCCGACGUCGACGACGCCGCCCCGACACCCCAACAACUCGCCGUCCGUCGCCCGCCCGGCGUCUCGGUCCUGCCGGCGGCCCCCCUCCCCCUCGGCUCCCGAGGCCACCGGGGCGCCUCGGCCGGCCCGCGCGUGCCGGCCUUUGCCAGGAACCCAUCCGACACGGCCGCGUCCGGAGGCGGAGGCAGGGGCGAGGAUGUCUUUUCCGACGACGAGUCGGUGGGCAGCGACGGCGCCAGCACCGGCUGGGGCCACCACAGCGCCAGCUCCAACACGAGCCACGACAGCGUCGCUCGGGUCGCCGGCGGAUCCGCGCGGAAGAAGGCGCCGCCGCCGCCGCCGCCGCCCGUCAACAGGUCCACCAAGCCGCCGCCGCCGCCGGUGCCCCCUCGCCUCGCCUCGACGCUUCCGUUCGUCGUCGGAACGCUCCCUUGCCUUGGUGAGCCUGGCCGCGACACAAACGCCGGCCGUGGCAACCAAGGCCACGGGGGUGCCUGCCGCGACCCCCUUGUGCCUCCCUGGACGACGGGGAUGAAAGAGGCGCGUGACGCUCCGCUCGUCGAUGCCGCCAUGCCGUGCGUGGCUCCUGGUCGUGCGGCAUCACCCCGGCGGGCGCCCCUCUCCGUGCACGAGCGUGCCUGUGCUCUCGGUUCACGCAUCUGCUCCUCGGACAGGCGUUCGUCCAGCCGUGACGACGGCGAGGUGACCGACUGUCGAAGACGUCAGGGAUGGGCCACGAGCGGGCGUGCCAUCGUACUCGUAGUCAACGGGACGCUCGAGGCCCGAGGCACCUGGCUCUCCGUCACUUGCCGCACCCCAAAACCACCUGCUCUGCUCCUUGCACGUGCGGUGCAUCGCGAGCUUCGGCAGAGCCAGCAAUCGCCUGGCCCUUCUUGUAUCUCCCCUCUCUCACCCAUCGCCACCCGCACCGGACGCCUUCCAGCGCGCAGUGUCGUCAUGGUCACGGAGGAUAAGCGGUACCGGCAAUCAAGCCAGUUCCGCCUCUGGUCCUUUUCGCCUUCGAGCCUUCAAGAGCUGCGAGACAAGACAAACUCGCUGGCGAAGCAGCAGAUCGCCAGCCGGCUGAGCCCGUCGUCCGAGUUCCUGACGCCCGACGAGGAGGCGCGGCUGGUCAAGUUCUUUACCAUCGAGCUCAUACGGGCCGCCCAGUUCUGCGAGUUCCCGACCGAAAUCCGCGCGACGGCCGCCAUGUUCCUGCGCCGCUUCUACGUCACGAACUCGGUCAUGACCUACCCGCCCACCGAGCUGCUCAAGACGUCGCUCUUCUUCGGCAGCAAGGCCGAAGGCUUCUACAUCCGCCUGGCCAAGCUGGCCGAGAUGUUUCCCAACACGACGAGCGAGCAGAUACUGGCGGGCGAGUUCCUGCUCUGCCAAGGCAUCCGCUUCGCCUUUGACGUCCGCCACCCGUUCCGCGCCCUCGAGGGUGCCGUCCUCGAGCUCAGGAGGAGGAGGCCCGAGGAGGAGGCCCGCAUCGUCAAGGCGCACGCGCGGGCGAGGGAGAUUCUCAAGUUCAGCGCCCUCGUGACGGACGUCUACUUUCACUUCACGCCGAGCCAGAUCAUGAUGGCCGCCCUCCUCAUGGUCGACUCCGGCCUCGUCGACAUCCUGCUGCCCAACCCGGCCGCCGCCGCCGACGGGGAGCAGCGGAGCGGAGCCGGCGAGGCGGCCGAGAUGCGCGAGAAGAUACUGACGACGGUGGAGAGCUGCCGCGCCAUGCUCGAGGAUGAGCCGCCCGAAAGGAUGGUUGACUAUUGGGGAACGGCCGAGAUUGUAAAGUCGAUGAAGCCGCUUCGCAAGAAGCUGCAGCGUUGCCGUGAUCCGGACCGCGCCGACCUGGUCGCCCUCCAGCGGGCGAGGCGCGAGCAGGUGACGGCCAAGCUGAAGACCGCAAGCGCGUCGACGGACUCGAUGGUCAUUCCCGAUGUCGAUUCCCGGGAUGUGAAGCGGCGAAAGGUCGAAGGCGGCGACGACGUGUUUGGGCCUCCGCUCGGCUGA